AUGAAAAAAUUAAUCCGUUCUGCUAAAGUAGUUUACAGAAUUUCUGAUUCAAGUUUAAAGGUAGAUAUGUACCGUGUUAUAGUAUUUGUUAAAGGAUUAAAACAAAACCAAGUAUAUUUUUACUAGAUAGCCCUUUAUAGCUCUAUCUGUUCCUAUCUAGAGGUCCAGUUAGAGCCACCCCUUAUUGUCCUUAUUGCUUUAGAAACUAGAAUAACAGGGGGAAACUGUUUGGUAGAGUCAAACUAGAUUUAUUUGCCCAUGCAACAUACUGAGACAAAAAUAUUUCACUGAUAACUGCAUUCCGGUGAUACCACAGGAAUAGAAUCCACAAAAGUGAUAGCUGCAUGCAUUAACCAUUGUGUGACUAACAUGCCUUCAUGUUGAUACGUAGGCUAGAUGUUUGGCCACCGCAAGUUCUCAGUCGUUCAUUCGAAAGAGAAGACCUUAUCAAGAUGUUCGAAUGAAAGAGAGCAUUAGCAAAGGACCAACUGAAACAUUUUUGAAAGCUUUUUCUAAAGAAGUGAGUACUUAAGGCAUAGGAAACUUUUCUGGACUGAGAUGUGAAGAUGGUUGAUGUUAUCAUAGGAGUACGGGGUUGAUACUUUCCAGGGGGGCAGUUGAACGUUUGCCCAAAUUUUUGUGGAGGAUUGUAAUGAAAUUACAUGAAUUUAACCUAUUCUCUCAUAAAUCUGCCUGAAUUUUCUUGAUUUUUCCUAGCAUUUGCCCAAAUUUCCAUGGUUUUCAAAAAAAAUUUUUGGGGGAGGGGGGCAGUCCCCCCCCCUGCCUCCUGUCUUGUAUGCCUUUGUAUGUUGUUCAGUGACUGGUGUGAAUCCAUUGGGUCAUUCUGAAAGAAAACAUGCAUAUAACCUCCCCCAGAGGAAGUUAAUCCUCUACCCCCUUUGGAUGACCAAAUAUAUGUUCUAUUAUCAGAAACAAAUUUUUCUCCCCUCCCUCUCUGGACGACAGAAAUUUUCUCUGUUGGGGGGACUGUGGAUCUUUUGUGGAAAGACCCAUUGCAAGGGGACAUAUUAUCAUGGCCAUUAUUUAAGUAGUAAAGAUAUCUUUCUAGCACCCUGCUUUACAUGGUAUCACCACACACAAUCACCAUACACCAGAUUUUGAAAAUCUUGGUUUGAGGAAAGAUUUAUGCGAUGCUUUGAAAACGAUGAACAUUGAUCUACCAACAGGAGUUCAG